AUGCCUCCCAAAAGGGUAGUACUUGAUCCACUCCUCAUGGAGAUGAACCAAACCACCCCAACCGCAACUACUCGUACAAUGAGAACAACUCACCCCGAUCCCCAUGCAACCCCCACUGGCUCAGUGCCCGCAACAACUCUUUUGAUGCCAAGUCAGCUGGAUCCCCAUACAACUCCGGUUCCCCAACCCGCUUCUUCAAAUGAAACCACCGACGAGACUGACGAUGCUCCUAAGAAGAAGGCUCCAAAGUGGACCAUCGAUGAAGAUAAGCAGCUCUGUGCUGCUUGGUUGAACACGAGCCAAGACAGUAUUGUCGGAACCGGUCAGAAAGCUGGAACCUUUUGGGAACGGGAAAAUAAAAGAUCAAAAACAAUCAAGCCUUUACCAGUCCGACUCGUCAAUGCAAUCGAAUGUCGUUGGGGUCACAUUAUGAGGGUCUGCAACAAGUUUGGUGGAUGUUAUUCACAAGUCGAGCGUUGCAUGAGGAGUGGGAUGAGUCAAGAUGAUAUUCUUUCUGAGGCGAAAGAACUUUACAAAUCCGAGAACAAGUCGGCAUUCAAUCUCAAUCACUGCUGGGGCAUUUUGAGAGAACAUCCAAAAUGGCAGGCAACACAGCAGGAGAUCAAUCUCAGACAGAAGAAGUCCAAGGACCCGCCAAGUAGCACACCUGCAACCAACGAGGCUUUGCCAUUGAGUCCUCAAACAACCACUCAACUAGAUGACGACGACGACCGUAGUGCCCUGGGUUCUGACGCGCGUCCGGAGGGCAACAAAGCGGCAAAAAGGAAGCGAGAAGAAGAUGCAAUCUUGCAGAAGAUCAUCAAGACCCAAGAAGACUUGGUCAAGAUAUCGAAGGAGCGAUCGGCAUCUGUGCAAAAGGCGUUGGAGGAGGCUGCGGAGGCAAAGAAGCAGGAGGCAGAUGAUCACAUCAUGGUGAUGGAUCUGUCUGGGAUGGAUGAUGAAGCUAAGGCAUACUGGCAAAAGAAAAGGCGUGCAAUUUUGGAUCGACCAGAGUAG